GAUACAGUCAAGUCGGACCAUGGCGGAAGAAGAGGACACGAGAAUACGGAUUUUACAAAGCCUGCGGGGAAAGAUAUGUGAAGGCAAGAACCUGGGUCCGUGUUCGGGGCCCAACCGACAGCGGGACCUCUGCACCUUCUGCACCAUCAGCCUGGACCAGGAGGAGGUAUUCCGGACCAAGGUGUUUGACAAGAGCCUCAGCCCUUUCUACGGUGAGGACUUCUACUUUGAGAUCCCACGACCAUUUCAGUGUUUGUCCUUCUACGUAUUCGCCAAGGGUGUUUUUCAAAGGGACCUGCCUGUCGGGAAAGUGUCCAUCCGGAAGGAGGAACUGUGUAAAUUCAGUGGGAAGGAGCACUGGUUCGGCCUGCAGCCCGUGGACCCUAACUCUGAAGUCCAGGGAAAGGUCCACCUGGAAAUGCGUCUGAAUGAACUGAUCAUAGAGAAUGGCUCCAUGUGCCAGCAGCUACUGGUCCGGAUAAUAGAAUGCCAGGGCUUGCCUCUGAUCAGUGGACAGAACUGUGACCCGUAUGCCACUGUCUCGCUCGUUGGGCCUGCCAGGUCUGACCAGAAGAAAACAAAGGUGAAAAAGAAGACCAGCGACCCUCAGUUUGAGGAAACCUUUAACUUUGAGGUCACAAGGCCCAACAGUUACACAAAAAAGUCUAAUUUCCAAGUAGAGGAGGAGGACAUUGAAAAGCUGGAGAUCAAAGUUGACUUGUGGAACAAUGGGAAUUUGGCGCAGGAUGUCUUCCUUGGGGAGACACGGGUAUCUGUCAAGAUCCUGCGAAAUGACCACAUUCACAGGGCCUGGUAUCUCCUCCAGCCUAAAGGGAACGGGAAGUCCAAGACAGACGACCUGGGCUCUCUGAGGCUCAACGUAACCUACACCGAGGACAAUGUGCUGCCAUCCGCCUGCUACACACCACUCCGCACGCUGCUGCUCAAGUCCCCAGACAUUAAGCCCAUCUCGGCGUCAGCGGCCCACAUUCUGGGGGACAUCUGCAGGGAGAGGUAUGAGGCGGUGCUGCCCGUGGUCCGCCUGCUGCUCCACCACAGCCGCCUGGUGCCCUUCGUCUCCGCCAUCACUGUCCUGGAACUGGAGAACACUCAGGAGGCCAACACCAUUUUCCGUGGCAACUCCCUGGCAACGCGCUGCAUCGACGACAUGAUGAAGAUUGUAGGGCGGAGCUACCUGACGGUCACCCUGAAGCCUGUAUUGGAUGAGAUUUGUGAAUCCAACAAAACCUGUGAGAUUGACCCGAUCAAACUGAAAGAAGGAGACAACGUUGAGGUCAACAAGGAGAACCUGCAGGGGUACGUUCAGAAGGUGUUCUCGUCCAUCACCCAGUCCAGCUCCAGCUGUCCCCCGCUCAUGUGUGACGUGUUCCGCUCGCUGCGUCACAUGGCCUCCAAGCGGUUCCCAGAUGAUCCUCACGUCCAGUAUUCGGCAGUCAGCAGCUUCGUGUUCCUGCGCUUCUUCGCCGUCGCCGUUCUCUCACCACACACCUUCCAGCUCCGCCCACACCAUCCUGACCUUGAGGUAUCCCGAACACUCACUCUCAUCUCCAAGACCAUCCAGACUCUGGGAAGCUGGGGGAGCCUGUCCAAAAACAAACUGUCUAGUUUUAAAGAAUCCUACAUGUAUGAUUUCUUCAAAUCAUUCCAAGAAGACAAAUGUAUUGAAAAAGUAAAAAAGUUCCUAGAUGAGAUCUCCUCCAACAUCAGUAAGGAGUCCAGCGGGGUGGAAGACUCUGUGGUUCUCAAAGAGGGGGAGAUACAGAAGCGGGCCCAGGGAAGGAAACGCAUCGGCAAGAGGAACUUCAAGAAGAGGUGGCUCAGAGUGACCAACAGGGAGCUCUCCUACCACAAGCACAGAGGGAAAGAAGCACUCUGCAUUAUCCCAGUGAAGAAUAUCCGGGCUGUGGAGAAACUGUACGAAAGUGCCUUUAACCGCAAAAAUAUGUUCCAGGUGCUCCACAGUGAGAAGCCACUGUACGUGCAGGCAGGGAAUUGCGUGGAGGCCAGUGAGUGGGUGGAGGUGCUGAGCCAAGUGAGCCGCUGUAACCCGGACCGCCUGGGCACCUUCCACCCCUCGGCCUACGUGGCGGGGGCCUGGCUCUGCUGCAGGAGCCUGAGCGACAGCCAGCCGGGCUGCAAGCCCUGCACACCUACCUUGUUGGCUAACCUGCAGCUGGACAUCGACUGUGACCGCGAGACGGAGAGAAUCUUCUCCCUCCUCACCUCCAGCUACUCCAAGCUGCAGAAGAUGGAAGAUGCAUGUGCCAGCAUCGCUGUGUACCAGGGACCUCCGAGGGAGCAGGACGACUACUCCCUGUUCACCAUCCAGGACCCCAAGGAGACAUUCCACACAGUGCGGCAGAUCACACACAUUCUGGAGGAGCUGCAGAGAGAGCACGACACUCGCAGCGGCACCGCGCAGUACGGCAGCCAAGAGAAUCCGAUAGUUGGGAAGACAUCCUAACCAGUCUAGGUGGGUCUGUCUGGCCUGAGUUCAACACUGGAGCCCCAGGGUGGCACCGUCGGGAUUGGCACUGAGGACGCUGCCUGCCUCCGCGAAUACCAAGAACGCAUUACCCCCAAGGUCGUGCUCUGCCCCCCCUUCCCACCGUCCAAUAGAGGAAGUUAGAAUUGUCACCUGACCCUGACCAGAAGCUCUCAUUGGUUCAGAAGAGGAGACCCUUAGUCGUUUAAAAAGAAAUCUCUUUCCCCGUCUGUCUCCAUCCCUCUCGUUCUCACACACCACUGCCCUAAUCAGAGGAGUUAUGUGCUUGCUCUCGUCUUCUACUUGAUUUGCACAACAAAACUCAAUCAUUUCAUUGAAACCUCCCCUUUUUCUACAGUUCGGUGAAGACCAGACAACAUCAUUAGUUGGUGUGUGUGUGUGAAUAGGCUGCUAAAAUGAUCCCUUUUAUACACUCAAUGUUUUCGAUCGUCAACCAUCAAGAUGAAGCUCUGAAUCUCUUGGGGCUUCACUGUUUGACGUCCGUUUACGACUAAACAGCAAGCUGAUUUUGUUUAUCUCAUUUUCUAUGAAAGGGAAUUUUUCUCUCCUUCCUCCUCCUCUACCCACCUCUAUAUUUUGUGCUUUGAACAAAUGCAGGUGUUUCAGAGUACAGUUAAGUGGAUGAAACCGAUCUGCCUUAUUUUUCUUAAUGGAUGUAUGUGUAAAAGUCUCUCUUGCGUCCUCGGGUUAGGGAAUAAUGCCCAAGCACUUUACAUAUUUGGAAUAUUCCAGAUGUCAUCAUUUUAGAUACGUGGUAUCAGUAUACCCCCCACAUUGAUCAGUUAAAUGAUCUCGUUUACGUUCUCGUUUCCAUUCCUGUACGAUAACGUUUAUAGCCUGUAGAUUUGAAUAGCUAUUUUUCUUACACCAAAGAUGAACAUUUCGUAGGAUCGACUUGAAAAAAAGGGUAUAAAUCUAUUUUGAAUAUAGACUUUUUGAAAAUGGAGAGAAAUGCAGGAUAUAUUUAGUUCAUGUACAUUUUGGUAAAUGCAUUGUUCCUCUUUUUAACGAUGUAGACAAUUUGAUUGAGUAACAUUCUAAUGUUCUCUGGAAAUGCAGAGGUACCGUGGUCGGUAGUCUAGAAAUGUCUGUGACAACCGCUUCACCAUGUAGUGAUGUCACUGCAUAUCAAUCACCAUAAAUGACAACAAGAUAGACAAUCCCCUUCACUUGCCAAUCUAGCCCCUUAGAUAGUCAUCACUGCAUCACUGGCCCACAUUAACUAGUAGUCAAGAUCAGGGAUGAUAGACGAGUUUCCCACUAGUACACUGAACAAAAACAUAAAUGCAAGAUGCAACAAUUUCAAAGAUUUUACUGAGUUACAGUUCAUAUAAGG